CGGAUCCUGUCUCCCUCUCUGCAACUUAAACCUGGAGGGGAGUUGGGGGAAGGAACAGCGCCCAGAACCCGUGUGCACGAGUUUCUUGAACCCCCACGAAUAAAGGUUUCCGUGAACUCUGCGCGUAAGGGUGACUUUGAACCUGGGCGGCGUGGCGCGGAGCCCCAGCACCUGACAGCGCACCUCCCCCGGGACCGGCGGGCAGGCGGGGCCCCGCGGGCCCCAAUCACCGUCGGUGACCGAGCCUGCUUCCGGCACCCAGCGCAAAUCUGCGGCACCCGCUGGUCGCCCCUGGGCACCCCGAGACCAUGGGGAAGCUAGUGGUGCUGACGGUGCUGGGGGCCAGCCUGGCCCUGAUCGGGGAGCGCUUACUGGCAUUUAGAGAAAGAAUCAAUGCAACUCGAGAAUUGGAACCUGUAGAACUCCAGAACUGCCAUCUCAUUGAGGGACUUGAAAAUGGAUCUGAAGAUAUUGAUAUACUUCCUAGUGGGCUGGCUUUUAUCUCCAAUGGAUUAAAAUAUCCAGGCAUGCCAGAUUUGGCACCAGAUGCGUCAGGAAAAAUCUACUUGAUGGAUCUGAAUGAGCAAAACCCAAGGGCACAAGCACUGAAAAUCAGUGAUGGAUUUGACGAAAAAUUUUUUAAUCCACAUGGGAUCAGUACCUUCAUCGACAAAGACCACACGGUGUAUCUCUACGUUGUGAAUCAUCCCCACAUGAAGUCCACUGUGGAGAUAUUCAAAUUUGAAGAACAACAACGUUCUCUCAUACACCUGAAAACCAUAAAGCAUGAACUUCUCCAGAGUGUGAAUGAUAUUGUGGUUCUUGGGCCAGAACAAUUCUAUGCCACCAGAGACCACUAUUUCACCACCUACUUCUUGGCACUUUUGGAGAUGAUCUUGGAUCUGCACUGGACUCAUGUUAUUUUCUACAGCCCCAAAGAGGUCAAAGUGGUAGCCAAAGGAUUUAAUUCUGCCAAUGGAAUCACAGCCUCACUAGACCAUAAGUAUAUCUAUGUAGCUGAUGUAACAGAUAAGAACAUUCACAUACUGGAAAAGCAUGAUAACUGGGAUUUAACUCAACUGAAGGUAAUACAGUUGGGCACCUUGGUGGAUAACUUAACUGUUGAUCCUGACAAUGGAGAUAUUUUGGCAGGAUGCCAUCCUAAUGCCAUGAAGUUGCUGAACUAUAACCCUGAAGAUCCCCCAGGGUCAGAAGUGCUACGCAUCCAGAAUGUUUUGUCUGAUCAGCCCAGGGUGAGCACCAUCUAUGCCAAUAAUGGCUCUGUGCUUCAAGGGACCUCAGUGGCUUCUGUAUACCAUGGAAAAAUUCUCAUAGGCACAGUGUUUCACAAAGCUCUCUACUGUGUACUCUAAAUUGCAGGUAUUCCAAAGGAUCUACAUGUUUGAUGAAAGUAAACCUGCCAUUAUAUAAUAAGUUGAACUGUAAACAAAUAAUACAUACCAUCAAAGGUGUGCCUUGCUUUUCUUAUGGCUAGAGGUGAAAGAACAGAGGUUGAUUACAUAACAUCCACCAAAUCUCAAGCCACCUUUUUUUUUUGCCUUUAUUUUUUUUAUUGGUUGUUCACAACAUUACAAAGCUCUUGACAUAUCAUAUUUCAUACAUUAGAUUGAAGUGGAUUAUGAACUCCCAAUUUUACCCCAAAUGCAGAUUGCAGAAUCACAUCAGUUACACAUCCACAAUUUUACAUAAUGCCCUAUUAGUAACUGUUGUAUUCAAGCCACCUUAAUCACAGUCCAGCUAGAAGUCAGACUGCUCCACUCUUCUUCACGCAUCCCCAAUAUCAUUAUACAGUAAAAUGCAUGGGCUGUGGCCAUGGAGGGCUCCAGCUCAUUUAUAGCCUCUUAGGAUCUGUGUAACACAAUUGCCUCCUACAAGCUGUGAUAUUCUGAGUCUCCUGCAGUCCAGAUCAGGAAAGAAGCUAAUGUUCAAGCAUUUAUAAUUCCUGUUCUCUCCCUCCAAAUGUGUGUGGCACCAAAUGUUACUCAAGUGUCCCAGUCUAUAGCAAAAAGCAAGAACUGCAUCAUGAGACUACCCAAGGCCCUGCUUGAACGUGCAUUCUCCCCAGGAGACACACAGGGAAUCUGAUUCUGGGAAAUCUGACAGAGCAAAGCCUCACUGGCUACCUUAGGGCAAGGACAGGGGUAAUGUAUUUACCUGUAUGAGGUCACUAUUUGUGCCGAUACCUGUAUUUCAAGUGUUCCUGAGCUGCUUGGCUCUGAACCAUGAGAUGAGAUCUCAGGGCACUUGUUUUCCACUGCUCUCAGCUUGCUCUACAGGUUAAUUCAAUAAACACUUAUUAAGCAUCCUCCUACGGACGUGGCACUAACAUCUCUGAAAAAGUCACAUGGUUCUGACCUAAAGUCCUAUCUUAAGAACCAAUCCAACCUUAGUUUGAUAACAGUAAACACAAGCAUCCCUUUCUUGUUUACAAAACAAAAACCAAGACAACCUUUGACAAAUCAUUAAAGAGAAUCUGUGAAUCAA